AUGGAAGGAGUUGGAGGAGAUUCAAUGGCAUCAUCGCCUGUGCAGCAACGAGCGAAUGAGGCGUGGAGGCUGUAUCAGUACUACUUAGACAAGACUACGCCUCACGCAGUUAACAGGUGGAUCGGGACUCUUGUGAUGGCAGUGAUAUACUUUUUGAGGGUUUACUAUGUUCAAGGGUUCUAUAUCAUUUCUUAUGCCCUGGGGAUUUACGUUCUGAACCUUCUGAUUGGGUUUCUAUCUCCACUGGUCGAUCCCGAGCUCGAUGCUUCCUCUGAUGGUCCAACGCUGCCCACGAAAGGCUCAGAUGAGUUCAGGCCAUUCAUCCGCCGACUUCCAGAGUUCAAGUUCUGGUACUCUAUGACUAAGGCCUUCUUCAUUGCGUUUGUGAUGACAUUCUUUUCUUUCUUCGACAUACCUGUCUUCUGGCCUAUACUGCUCUUCUACUGGAUCGUUCUGUUUUUUCUGACGAUGAGACGCCAAAUCGCACACAUGAUGAAGUACAAAUACAUCCCCUUCAGUCUAGGAAAACAAAAGUAUGGAGGGAAGAAAGGUUCGAGCAGCAACAACUCUCGCGCAGACUGA